GGCCUUCGGACGGGGCCAAUGGCGGCGGCCGUUCAGCCGGAGGUUUGAAUUUGAAAAUUCUGAAGCCGUUGCGAGCGGCUCGGCCGGAAGUGCCGCCGGGACGGUCGCUGAGGCGUUGGGAGCGGACGUUAACCGGUUACCGUGUGUGGCCGCGGAAGUGUGAGCAUCAUGGCCCAGUUUGUCUUUGAGAACGACGUCAAUAGUCUUCUGAAACUGGAUGCUCCCAUAACGAAUGGACCACUCGCCAGGUGGCAGCGGAAAGCGAAGGAGAACAGUGGAGUUGCUGGGUCUCUGGCGUCAGCUAAUACCAGUGGUCUUUCUCCAAUGAAAACUACCAACAGAUCAUUGAAUGCAUCAAAGACAUUGACGCCCAGUAAAACACCAGGGAAAACGAAAACUCCUAAAUCAUCUAAAUGUUCCAGGGUCCAGAUAACACCCUCCAAGGUAGGAGGUGACCGUUAUAUUCCAACCCGUAAUGCAGCACAAAUGGAUGUAGCACAUUUCUUAAUCAACAAAGAUCAAGAAAACGAAUCUCCAACCAAAAAAGAGCAGCAAAAGGCCUGGUCAUUAAACUUGAAUGGUUAUGAUAUUGACCAGGCAAAGAUUCUGCGCUUGAGUGGGAAACCCCUUCAUGCACCAGAAGGUUAUCAGAAUAAUCUCAAAGUUUUGUACAGUCAAAAGACUCCAAGUUCCACCAAGAAGAUCAGUCGGUACAUCCCCUCCAUGCCAGAACGAAUCUUGGAUGCUCCUGAGAUCCGAAAUGAUUAUUACUUGAAUCUAAUUGAUUGGAGUACACUGAAUUAUCUGGCUGUGGCACUUGGGAACAAUGUAUACCUUUGGCACGGUGAAUCAGGAAACAUCGUUCCACUUGUACAAUUGGAAAAUCCAGAGGACUACAUCUCUUCUGUAUCCUGGAUAAAGGAGGGAAACUACUUGGCAGUUGGAACAAUGAUUGGGGAGGUCCAGGUUUGGGAUGUUGAAAAUCAGAAACGUCUGAGGAACAUGGUGAGUCAAACUGCACGAGUAGGAGCCCUCAAUUGGAACAGUUAUAUUCUUUCUAGUGGCUCCAGAUUGGGUCAAAUUCAUCAUCACGAUGUCCGUAUAGCACAACACCAUGUGGCCACUCUAGCUGGGCAUACCCAAGAGGUCUGUGGUUUGAAAUGGUCACCUGAUGGCAGAUACCUUGCGAGUGGUGGCAAUGACAACAUUCUAAAUAUCUGGCCCAGUGUCCCUGGGAAUGAUACAGAGUGUGCACCGUUGCACACAUUCACACAGCAUCAGGGUGCUGUUAAGGCAGUUGCCUGGUGCCCUUGGCAGGCGAAUAUCCUAGCGAGUGGUGGUGGUACAAGUGACCGGUUCAUUCGCCUUUGGAAUGUCAAUACUGGAUCCUGUUUGAAUGCGGUGGACACACGAUCACAGGUUUGUUCCAUAGUUUGGUCAACUGAAUAUAAAGAACUGGUAUCAGGUCAUGGAUAUUCACAGAAUCAACUGGUAAUGUGGAAGUACCCCACCUUAACCAAAGUAGCUGAACUGAAAGGUCAUCAAGCUCGAGUGCUGGACCUAGCCCUGAGUCCAGAUGGUACCACAGUAUGUUCAGCUGCUGCUGAUGAAACUCUACGUGUCUGGAAGUGUUUUGCUGUGGACCCAGCAAAAAAGAAAAAGAUGACAACAAAUCAACCCAGCAUGCUCCAUCAUAGUAUUCGAUAAAUUGACAUAAUAAAUUAAACUUUGUUUUUAAUUUAAUACAAGCUAUUUUUAGGUAGAGACUUAACUGAAGCAGCAUCCUUCUUGUAGGAGUGGGGAACCACAAGCCAGGAUAUCACACUUCAAAACAAUUUUUGUUUGAAUGUGAGAUGCAAUUGAAAGAACUAUUGGGUGUGGUAAACCCUUGUUCCGCUGGCAUGCUUGAUGUCCGUGUUCAGUACUUGUACCUUGUUUUUCUCUGCUUCCUACUUUUAAUGUACAAAUUGCGUAAACAUUUCAAAAUUUUAUUAAAGUUUCACAAAACUUAUGG